AUGGACGAGUCGAAACCGGUUCAAAUAUCAAUUUUCAAUGUCAUCGCUGUAAUCUGUUCUGCAACAUUUGCGAUUUAUAGCUCACAAAUUGUUUCCACCAUUUCUAGCACGAUCAAAUCACUGUCCAAGCCAAAGCCCAGCCCAAAAGUCGUCGCGUUGAAGCUAAAAAUUGCCGAUUUGAAGCGAGAGCUGCACGGAAUCUCUCCGACCGCCGAAUUUGCACGAUAUUUCAAGAAGGAUCGAGAAAUGAAUAAAGCCAGCGAAGAAUUAGCUGCUUUGGAAGCCGCUAGCCCGUCUGAAAACUCGAGGAACUUGAAAAUCGACACAGUUGUCAAAGUUUUUAUGCAAUUCUCCGCACUUUUUCUUCUGAGACACGUGUCCGCCAUCACUGCCUACUGCAUUCCGGAUACUAUUUUUUGGCCUUUCAACGUACUUGUUCGAUUCCCAGCGGUUUUCGGAAAUGACUCCUGCCCGGCCGAAUUCGCCGAAGUUUCCGGAUUCGCGCUCACAUUUCUGAUGAUCCAUCUGCUAAAUCUGGCGCUCAAGACAUUCAGAAAAUCGGACCUGAAGACUGAUUAAUCUAAUUUUUUUUUAAAUUUUGUUUUUUCCUGUUUCCUGUUUCAUGACUAUUUCUCUCGACUCGGGUCUUUUAAUAUUUUUUUUUUGAAUAUACAAUUGUAUAUUCAAAUUGCGAGCUAAUAAAAUGCUAAAUUGACACAAA